CCAGCCUCCCGCCGCGCCUCCUCCCCCGCAAGCUGUUCCUUCCUGCCUACCGGAAGUUCAGGGCUCCGCCCACUUCCGCAACUCUGAAGCCACCGCCGGAAACACCUGGCCUCAGCCAAUAGUUAGCUUCCCAGGAAUCGUUACCUCUGACCUCGGGGCUAAUCAGAGACAGUGGGACGCACCCCUCGCGAGAGGUGAGGUUGAAGCUGCCUCCGCCAUCUUGGAGAUGGGAGACGGGCGAUGGCUGUGGUCCUUCUGCUAAUGCAAACAACAAAACGGGCACACUAGUCACCCCCGAGGGAGGCCACCAUCACUGUAACUGUUGGCCAAAGCUACAAAAGAGCGAGGGUGUCCAACCGAGCGCGGCGACACUGAAAGCAGCUUCCCCUGCCUUCUGCGGCGGCAGAAGUGAAGUGCCUGAAGACCGGAAGGAUGGUGCAGUCCUGCUCCGCCUACGGCUGCAAGAACCGCUACGACAAGGACAAGCCCGUUUCUUUCCACAAAAAGAAGAUCUGGAGCCACAGGAACAGCUUCCUCCACCUCCUUUACCGCCUCCUGUUUCCCAGGUUGAUGCUGCUAUUGGAUUACUAAUGCCACCUCUUCAGACCCCUGUUAAUCUCUCAGUUUUCUGUGACCACAACUAUACUGUGGAGGAUACAAUGCAUCAGCGGAAAAGGAUUCAUCAGCUAGAACAGCAAGUUGAAAAACUCAGAAAGAAGCUCAAGACGGCACAGCAGCGAUGCAGAAGGCAAGAACGGCAGCUUGAAAAAUUAAAGGAGGUUGUUCACUUCCAGAAAGAGAAAGACGACGUAUCAGAAAGAGGUUAUGUGAUUCUACCAAAUGACUACUUUGAAAUAGUUGAAGUACCAGCAUAAAAAAAUGAAAUGCAUAUUGAUUUCUAAUGGGGCAAUACCACAUAUCCUUCUCUAGCCUAUAAAGGAGUUUCAUUUAAAAAAAUAACACUUGAUUACAUAUAUAAAAACAGUUCAGAAUAUUUUUUUAAAAAAAUUCGAUAUAUACUGUAAAAGUAUAAAUUUUUUUGUUUGUAAUUUCAGGUUUUUUACAUUUUAACAAAAUAUUUUAAAAGUUAUAAACUAACGUCAGACCUCUAAUGUAAGUUGGUUUCAAGACUGGGGAUUUGGGUUUUUUCUUUUUUAGUAUUUAUAGAAAUAAUGUAAAAAUAAAAAGUAAAGAGAAUGAGAACAGUGUGGUAAAAGGGUGACUUCAGUUUAAAACUUAAAAUUAGUACUGUUUUAUUGAGAGAACUUAGUUAUAUUUUAAAUCAGAAGUAUGGGUCAGAUCAUGGGACAUAACUUCUCAGAAUAUAUAUAUAUAUGUACAUAUUCUCAUAUGUAAAGUCACAUGGUUCAUUUAUCUUUCUGAAUCAGUUAUCAAAGAUAAAUUGGCAAGUCAGUACUUAAAAAGAAAAAAAGAUUUGAUUGUCUUCACAGCAGAAAAGAGUCAUUGCGUAUCUGAUCAAUAUCAAUAACUUUAGAUUCUAAGAGUGGAUUUUUUUUUUUUAAUGGGCUCCUAUUUUUUCCCCUACUGUCUAGCAUUAUAAAAUUAGAAGUGUAUUUUCAGUGGAAGAAACAUUCUUCAAUAAAUAAAGUAAGGCAUUGUCAUCAAUGAAAUAAUUAAAACUGGGGCCUGAUCUAUGAUAUGCUUUUUUCUUUCAUUACCCUCUAGCUGAAGGACAUCCAGUUCCCCAGCUGUAGUUAUGUAUCUGCCUUCAAUGUCUCUGACAAAUGUGCUGUGUUAGUAGAGUUUGAUUUGUAUCAUAUGAUAAUCUUGCACUUGACUGAGUUGGGGCAAGGCUUCACAUAAAAAAUUAUUUCUUCACUUUUAACACAAGUUAGAAAUUAUAUCCCAUUUACUUAAAUGAGUGAUUUAUAUUCAGAACAACCUACUAUGUAGUGUUUAUUUUACUGAAUGUGGAGAUUUAAACACUGAGGUUUCUGUUCAAACUGUGAGUUCUGUUCUAUAUUUGUGAGAAAUUUUACAUAUAUUGGAAAUGAAAAUAUGUUCUGAGUAAACAAAUAUUACUAUAGGAGUUAUUUAGAUUUAGAAUAACUGUUCCAAUGAUAAUUAUUACUUUUAUAUUUCAAAGUACACUAAGAUAGUUGAAGAGUAAUAGACCCUUUAAGACAGUAUUAAAGGUGUGAAACAAUGGUGUUCAAAGUG